AUGAAAGACUGGCGCUGGAUACCCCUUCAAAGAGUGAUCUGUCCCUCACCAGACUACCCAUCCUCUAAGAUGUCCCAGUCCACAGUUACUGAAGAAGGAGGCACCUUCGAGCACCUGUGGAGUUCCUUGGAGCCAGACAGCACCUACUUCGAACUCCCCCCAAACACCCAGCCAGGUGAACACCCAGUGCCUUCUACCAGCACCCCGGGGAACCACCACAACACUGAGGUGUCCAUGGACGUCUACCACAUGAGAGACAUGAACGACAACGUGAUGUCCCAGUACAACUUGCUGAGCAGCAGCAUGGAGAGCCUGGGGAGCCGUGCGACGUCCGCCAGCCCCUACAGCUCCGAGAACGCCUCUUCGUCGGCCGUGCCCACCCCCUCGCCCUACUCCCAGCCCAACUCCACCUUUGAGGGCCUGUCGCCUGCCCCGGCCAUCCCUUCCAACACCGACUAUCCCGGGCCGCACGCCUUCCAAGUGUCCUUUCAGCAGUCCAGCACCGCCAAGUCUGCCACAUGGACCUACUCUCCUUUGCUGAAGAAGCUCUACUGUCAGAUUGCCAAAACAUGUCCAAUCCAGAUCAAGCUGUCCUCCUCUCCACCACAUGGCAGCAUCAUCAGAGCCAUGCCUGUCUACAAGAAGGCAGAGCACAUCACAGAAGUGGUCAAACGAUGCCCCAACCACGAGCUGGGGCGAGACUUCAAUGAUGGUCAAGUAGCCCCGGCCAGCCACCUGAUCCGAGUGGAGGGAAACAACCUCAGUCAGUAUGUGGACGACCCCGUCACUGGUCGGCAGAGCGUCUUCGUGCCCUACGAGGCUCCACAGGUGGGGACUGAGUUUACCACCAUCCUGUACAAUUUUAUGUGCAACAGCAGCUGUGUGGGCGGCAUGAACAGGAGACCCAUCCUCAUCAUCAUCACUCUGGAAACCAGGGAUGGCCAAGUGUUGGGCAGAAGGUCAUUUGAAGGUCGGAUAUGUGCAUGCCCAGGCCGAGACCGCAAAGCUGAUGAGGACCACUUCAGGGAACAACAGGCCCUGAAUGAGAGUGUGGCCAAAAAUGGCAGUGCCAACAAACGCAACUUUAAACAGAGUCCACCAAAUAUUCCCAGUCCAAACAUUAACAUGAGGAAGAGACGGCAUGGAGAAGAAGAGAUUUACUAUAUUCCAGUUCGUGGUCGUGAGAACUUUGAGCUGCUGAUGAAGAUCAAAGACAGUUUGGAGCUGGUGGAGCUGGUGCCACAGCCACUGGUGGACUCCUACAGACAACAAACACAGCAGCAGCUGCUGCAGAGACCGGGCCAUAUACCGUCCCCGUCCUCUUACUCUCCACUGUCCAACAUGAACAAGCUGCAUCCUCAAGGAGGCCUCAGCAAACAACAAUCAGUCAACCAGCUGGUGGGACAGCAGCCCCAGCAACACCAUACCGCCCCUCCUUCCAUAGGUCAUAUGGGGUCAAACAUGCUCAACAGCAACCACAUGCAGGCCAAUGGUGAAAUGAACGGUGGCCACAGCAGUCAGAAUAUAGUGUCUGCUUCCCACUGCAGCCCACCCCCUCCGUAUAACCCUGACCCCAGCCUCGUCAGUUUUCUCACCAGUCUGGGCUGCCAGAACUUCAUUGAGUACUUCACCUCCCAAGGCCUGCAGUCUCUCUACCAUCUCCAAACUCUCACCAUGGAGGAUUUAGGUGCACUAAAGAUACCAGAGCAAUCCCGCCUUGUCAUCUGGCGAGGUCUGCAGGACCUGAAACAAGGUGCUCAGCUCCAGCUGCCCACCUCCACUCAUCACCAUGACUACCACGGCCAACAACUGCUUCGCUCCAGCAGCAACAUGGCGGCCUCAGCGAUGGCAGCCAUUGGAGCUGCAGGUGGGGAACUGCAACGCCAGCGCGUCAUGGAGGCCGUGCACUUUCGUGUCCGCCACACUAUCACUAUCCCCAACAGGUCCGGUGUUGUCGGCCCGUCAGGGAUGGCGACAGCUGGUGACGAGUGGGGUGACUUUGGAUUCGACAUGCCUGACUGCAAGGUGUCACGUAGCAAGCACUCCAUCAAGGAGGAAUUCAUGGAAAGUGAUGUUCACUGAGAGCAAAACGAAUCCUGGAACUGCUUUCCUAAUGUUAUUGUCAGCAUCAGCCUAUUACAGAGUAAAAUCACACGGAUAGGGUCUGUAAAUGUGCUUUUAGGUGUUAAUGUCGUAUUUCAGUCGAUGCUUUUGCAGAGAAUCAACUUCCAUUUUGAAAAGAGGUCAUUUUCAGUGUGUUAACGCACUUUCCUGUGCACUCUGUAUUUUGUGGUUGUACAAGAUUGAACAGGAGAUGACAGAUUAUUUCUCUAGGCAACAUAGCAAAUACGACUUUGACAAUAGCAUUGCCAUGACAAUGCUUAACAACUAUGGUCUGGACUAUACUUUAUGGGACUCUGAUAAGCGCAGGGAAAUGUUGUUUGUGUGCACUGUGUAAUGAUACGUGACAUAUUUUCUUUUACAGCAUUCAUUUACACAAUAAUGUUCACAGUUGCACAAAUGUAAAAACAGUUAUCACCACCAGCAACUUCUCAGUUUCCAUUUUGUGUUUGGAUACGAAAAAAUAGUUCUCAGCUGACUUAUUUAUUUUUCUUUCAGUUUUCUUAAACUUGUACAAAUGUAUAUACUGUAUCUUUUAAAUGUUUUGAAAUAGUUGUGGUUGAAAAUUAGUAUUUAGAAUCAAAAUGAUGUAUCAUCUGGUUUAACAAAAUGUAUAGAAUUGAAUAGUAAAUCAAACUCGGUAGAUAUGGGGAACACAGUCAUGUGUAGUUUUAAAUGGCUAUAUUUGUGAUGACUUUUAGUUCAGUAUGCCUUUAUCAUUUCAUUGUUAAGAAUUGUUUCAUGUGCUUUGGCAUUAAUAGUGUGAACAUCAACACGUAUUUUCAAAAAUUUGGGAUUGCUUCUACUUUUCACGUCAUAGGAAGUAACGGUGUUAGUGUUUGUAAAGUAACACUACGAAACAAAAUAUCAGAAACAGUAUUACAUCUCAAUAGCAGGGAUUUAAUUAGAUAUGUAAAUAAUAAAUUAAGAGCAGUCCCUGUAUAUCAAAACACUAGACGAGACAGUAGUAUUUUUGUCCUUCUCUGUGUAUUUUGAAAAACCUUGCAGGGCAAGGUCCUCAUAUAUUGAUUAUAGCUAUCUGUGUACAAUAUCUUCAUAGCACUUGUUUGUAGAUAUUGAAUAGCAACAUUCCAUUUUUACUUCUAGAUUGCCAGCCAACAUGAUAAAUUGUGGUGCAAUUUCUUGUCAGGUUUAUUUAAAGUGAGUACGUGACUUCGUACCAUGAAAAAAAAAAAAUGUACCUGACCUGCAGCCAUUUUCUAAGACCCUUUUACUUGCAAAGAACCAGAUCAUUUCAUCCACCAAGUCAUAGAGAAAGAGCACUUUAAUGCUUUAAUAGUGAAAGAAUUUAGGAUUAUCAGUAUUAUGCAUUAUCACACUGUAAAUAUAUAUUGUGUUUUAAUAUUCUGUAAGAUUUUUUGUUAUCAGUUUUGUAAAAAAUUAUUAAGAUGUGUACCUAUGUAUUGCUGUUCAAUGGUAUGUUAAUUAGUUUCUAAGGUUGUUAAGUUCAGUGUUUUUGUUAAAUCAUGGAUUAAAUGGAUCAAAGCA